UCCCUAUAAGACCCUCUUCUCGUCUUCUCGCCAAUGGAGCGUUUUGCAGAUACAAACCUUCGAUCAUCAAUGGAUUCCGAUUUUCCUCCUCUUUUCCGAUGCCCCAUUUCCAUGGAGCUCAUGGAAGAUCCCGUUACGAUCUCCACCGGCGUCACCUACGAGAGAAAGAGCAUCGAAAAAUGGCUCUUCACUUACAACAAAAGAACGUGUCCGGCGACGAUGCAGACCGUCGCCGUCGGCGAGAACGACUUCGUCAUGACUCCUAAUCUCACGCUCAAACGCGUCAUACUCGCUUGGAAAAUCAACGAGUCUUCCUCGUCGCCGGCGACGGCGAUCGAUCAAGUCCAAUCGCUUCUUGCCACUGUUGAGUCUUCUCCGUUUAAGGUGAGUUCGUUGAGGAAAUUGCGAUCAAUGAUCGAAAUGAGGGAUGAGGUGAAAUCGGAAUUUAUUCGAUUGAAUGGGAUAGGGAUUGUUGUAAAUGUUGUGGUUCAAAUUCUCAUUGAUUGUUCUGAUUUCUCGACGUUGGAGGCCUGUGAGGAGGCUUUGGGAGUUCUGUCUCAGUUUCCAAUUUCAAAUGAAGACGAACUGUUCGACGAAAUGUCUAAGAGAGAAGAAUUGAUGAAAUCCGUAGCUAUUGUUCUACAAAGGGGGAGUGCAGAAGGGCGUUUUUACGCCGUGAAAAUCCUCAGAAAUAUUGCCAAAAACACCAAUUACAAUUGGGGAUUUGUCAUGGAAGAACAGGGCAUUGAUCUCUUCAAGCCAUUGUUGGAGCUUGUAUCAGACGAAUUUCCCACCAAGUCAAGCUCGUGCGCAUUGGAUGUAAUGAUAGAAAUUCUAGCGUCAUCGAAGAGGAGCCGAGUAAAGGCGAUCGAGGCUGGUGCCGUGUGGAUCCUGAUCGAGCUCUUACCGGAGUCAAGCCGAUCGAAAUGCGAGAGAAUGCUGCAGAUUCUGCAGAGUUUAUGUGAAUGUGCAGAGGGGAGAUUGGCUUUGGUGGAACAUGGGAUGGGAAUAGCGGCUGUGACUAAGAAGAUUUUGAACGUUUCAAAUGUAGCAACAAAAAUUGGGGUCAAGAUCUUGUUUUGGAUUAGUAGUUUUCACCCCAAGGAGAGGGUUGUGGAGGAGAUGAUGGCUUGUGGGGCAGUGAAGAAGCUGCUGAUGAUACUUCACAUGGCCUGCAGCGGUGUCGGUGGCGGUGGCCGGAGUUCAACAAAGGAGAAGGUGAUCAAGAUUUUGAAGAUGCAUGGGAGUUCAUGGAGGCGUAGCCCUUGUUUUCCUUGUGAGUUGAAGAAUUAUUUGAAGCUUGUGAAUGAUGAUUGAUAUUCAUAUUGUUCUUCCUAAACAAUCAACAUACCAUAGGGAUAAGAAAAUAAAGUAUUUUGUG